AUGGAUUUCAUACUAAAGAUGAAUAAGGGAUUCAAAAUACUUUUAAAAAUUCUUAGCAUUAUAAACGUUGAAUAUGAAGAGGAAGAAGAUGUUAAUACUCCAGGACAAAUCGCGUCAUUUAAUAUGCUCCAAUACCCUUAUGUGAUGUGGAAAGGAGAUUUAGUCAAUAUGAAUCUAUUCUACGUUCAAAUCGCUGGUCGUUCGUAUUAG